GAAGGAUACAAGCAGCUUAGUAAACUACAAGUCAGUCGCUUUCUGCAAACAAACUUCUUCACCUAGCCCAAAGGGAAGGAGACCAGCCGGGGUAUUAUGGCUACCCUUUCUCCGCAGAUCCGAGGACUUCCUGCAGAUGAGGAUGACACCAGAAUCCUAAAAGUCAAAGUCAUAGCUGGAAUUGGCUUGGCAAAAAAAGAUAUACUGGGAGCCAGUGAUCCCUACACAAGAUUGUCUCUGUAUGAUCCAGUAAAUGGGGAAAUAACAAGUCUUCAAACUAAAACAAUUAAAAAGACCCUAGAUCCAAAAUGGCAUGAAGAAUUCUUUUUCAGAGUUGAUCCCAAUAAGCAUCGCCUUCUACUGGAAGUGUUUGAUGAGAAUCGUCUGACACGAGAUGACUUUUUAGGACAGGUGGAUGUGCCUCUAAAUCAGAUUCCGACAGAAAAUCCUAAUUCAGAAAGACCAUACACAUUCAAGGAUUUUCUGCUUCACCCCAGAAGUCACAAGUCAAGGGUCAAGGGUCACCUCCGGCUAAAAAUGACAUAUCUUCCUAAAAACCCAGAUCAAAGCCAGGACCCUGCUGAUCAAACUGAAGAUGUGGAUCAGCCUGGUUGGGAGUUUCUUGAGUCCCAGGACAUGUCAGGUCCUAGACAAAGCCAGAUUCUUCCUGCGCUGCCCCCUGGCUGGGAGGAACGACAGGACAACCUUGGAAGAACCUAUUAUGUGAACCAUGAAACUAGGACUACACAGUGGCAGCGACCGUCAGUGCAGGAAAAUGGUGUGGAGUUACAGAGACAAAGCAAUAACGUGGAAGCAGAGCAUGCGUUUAACACACGGAGACAGAUUUCAGAUCCUGACGACCAAAAUACGCAAGAGUCACCAGAGAGCUGGGAGGUCAUACCUGAGGAUGAGUCCACCUCAUAUCAAAACAAUAUCCAGGUCUCAUCACUUCGACCUCAGUCGCCGGUCGAGAUUCAUUCAGUUUGUAAUGAUAUGAGCAACAUUCACUUUUCAGGGUCAGCAGCUGCUGAACAGCACAGCUCUUGUCAGAAUCACACAAGUAACUCUCGUCAUUCCAGUCAAAGAGGCAAUGCCCGGACCUCAACAGGGGAGGAGCAUCCUGUUAACACUGCGCCUCUUCCAAUAUCAACUGGGUUACCUGCGGGCUGGGAGGAGAAGCGGGACAACAAAGGACGACGUUACUAUGUGAACCACCUCAGCAGAACCACCACGUGGACUCGCCCAGUUGUUCAGAGAGCUCCUGAAGCCUCGUCACCACAGAGGACCGCAGGUUUACCUCAAAACCCCGGAACAUCACAGGCGCCAGUGUCAGUAGAGGAGUCCCCUCAACCAGCCAUAGGCCCGGAGCCCACUCAGGAGUCAGGAUCAUUGCCUGCGGGUUGGGAGGUUCGCAGUGCUCCCAAUGGGAGACCCUUUUUCAUCGACCAUAACACAAAGACAACUACCUGGGAAGACCCGCGACUCAGAGUUCCUGUCCAGAUGAGGAGGAGGGUCUCACUUGACCCUUCAGAUCUCGGCCCUCUACCGCCUGGUUGGGAGGAAAGAGUUCAUUCUGAUGGGCGCAUAUUCUACAUAGAUCAUAACACCAGAACCACACAAUGGGAGGAUCCCAGAUUGCAGAAUUCAGCCAUAACUGGACCAGCAGUGCCAUAUUCCAGAGACUACAAACAGAAGUAUGAUUAUUUCAGAAAGAAACUAAAGAAGCCAGCUGACAUCCCAAACCGUUUUGAGAUGAAGCUCCGACGAGCUGCGGUGCUGGAAGAUUCCUACCGGCGAAUCCUGUCUGUGAAGCGGCCAGAGCUGCUGAAGGCACGUCUGUGGGUGGAGUUUGAGGGAGAGAAAGGUCUGGACUAUGGGGGCGUGGCCAGAGAAUGGUUCUUCCUUAUGUCCAGAGAAAUGUUCAAUCCAUACUAUGGACUUUUUGAAUAUUCUGCCACGGACAACUACACUCUGCAGAUCAAUCCAAACUCAGGUUUAUGCAAUGAAGACCAUCUCACGUACUUCAAGUUUAUUGGUCGCGUUGCAGGCAUGGCUGUAUUUCAUGGCAAGCUUCUUGAUGCUUUCUUCAUUCGACCUUUUUAUAAAAUGAUGCUUCAGAAAUCAAUUAAUCUUCAAGAUAUGGAGUCUGUUGACAGUGAAUAUUUUAACUCACUGAUGUGGAUUUUGGAGAAUGACCCCACAGACUUGGACUUGAGGUUCACUGUUGAUGAAGAGCUCUUUGGACAGACUCAUCAGCACGAACUAAAGCCUGGUGGUGCCGAUAUUGUGGUGACCAAUGAAAACAAGAAAGAAUACAUCCAUUUGGUGAUACAGUGGAGGUUUGUAAACAGAGUACAAAAACAGAUGACUGCUUUCAAAGAGGGCUUCUUUGAGUUGAUUCCACAGGAUGUUAUUAAGAUUUUUGAUGAGAAUGAGCUGGAGCUUCUCAUGUGUGGAUUAGGAGAUGUGGAUGUGAAUGACUGGAAAGAAAACACAAAGUACAAGAAUGGUUACUGCUCCAACCACGUGGUGAUCCAGUGGUUCUGGAAAACAGUGUUGCUGAUGGAUGCCGAGAAGCGAAUCAGACUAUUACAGUUUGUCACGGGCACCUCCAGAGUCCCCAUGAACGGAUUUGCUGAACUUUAUGGCUCUAAUGGACCACAGCUUUUCACCAUAGAGCAGUGGGGAACACGUGAAAAAUUACCACGGGCCCACACAUGCUUUAAUCGUCUGGACCUGCCUCCUUAUGAGUCUUUUGAAGAACUGAGAGAGAAACUGAACAUUGCCAUUGAAAAUGCCCAAGGCUUUGAUGGCGUGGAUUAGGAUGCCUGUGUAUAUGCAUCAGUGUGACAGAUGAAGGACUGGCCCUCAUACUCGUUGGUCAACAAUUAUGAAGUUUACAAGUAAACCCUCCUUAAACUUCACUGUUAUUUUCACAUAUUUGAUUGAUUAAUUGAUGGUUACAUUGUGUAAAAGAUUUAAUCAUGUUAAUUCAUAGGUUUAUAUACUUGUUAUCUUAUAUAAAUAAGAUAAGCAUUUACUGUUAGAUUGUAAACUUUGGUACCCAAGACAUGUUAGUCUGGGCUGAUCUCAUUCCAUUGCAUUAAACGGCUGAAGCAGGGAAUUUCUGUAUUUGUAGCGGAAAAUCAACAUCACUAACCACUAGGACCAGUAGUAGACUGUGGACUUGUUAAUAUAAUUACAAAAUGCAGUGUUAUAUGUGCUCACUGUCUAUGCAGUACUGUAUAUAUUUUCAUAUGAGUGAAUGUGACUUGAUUUAUGUACAUAUUUGUACAAUCAAUGUUUUCUUAAAACCACUAUUAAGCUGUUUAUGACCCUCACAAAUGUGCCAACUGAAACAUAGUUUUAAUCAUAUAAGCAUUUACAUUGCCUUAUCCUCAACCCUUAAAGGACUCUUCACAAGGCUCUUUUUAUGUUUUUAUGUCAUUUUCUCAUUGUAAAAUUGUACAGCUUAUAUUAUGGUUCAGAAAAAAAUAUUUAGUUAUCUAUAAGAAAGAAACUCAAGUUAGGAGAGUAGUCAUAAUGAUUAUAAUAGUAAAACAUGUUUACACUGCCUGUAAUGUUUACUGGACAAUUACAUGGACUUGUGUCUUGUCUCAGCGAACACACUUUUAUACUUUUUAUAAAGUGACUUUAUAUUAUCAAAGUCUUACUCUUACUCUUACUGUAUCUUGUGAGUCUGUCAGCACACUGCUUUUAUCACUAUUUAAGAAUAUCUUUAACUUCUUAAAUGUUUACAGAGUACUAAACAUGGUAUACGCUCUGCUCUUAAUAUAAAAGCUGUUUAAAUGUGCACCUCUGGGGCCUUUUUUGUAAUGUACUGAACUUUGUUGUAUCAUAGACUAAUCAUUUUUAUUACAUUUUUAAGUCACUGUACAUUAAAUAUUUUUAUUGUGAAGUACACAAUCAAAUGUAAAACCGUAAGUGCAUUACCACUAAAUGUUUUGCAGGUAAUUAAUUAUAUACCAGUUUGAAGCAGACUGCAUUGUAUUUUGGCUGAUAAAAUCGAGCCACACAGAAAAAAAUAAAUGUUUUAAAAUCUAA